AAUAUUUAAAUUUUUCUGAAGUGAGAAAUUUGAUAAAAUGGCUGAAGGCGGGCGCCAACCACCAGUUAUUAACGUUCAACUCCCAGCUAUAACCGUGAAUUAUCAGGAAGGAACAAUAGUGUCUGGAGACAACGUCAGGAAGAAGACGGAUGUUAGGGCCGCAGAAAUCGGUCAGAUUGUCGUCCCAACUUCAGGAAACUCUCAAGCCGAAGCUACUGAGCUACAACACGAUUCUAUUCCAACAGUUUUUAAAGACUUCGAGGAAGAGAACGCAAAAAGAUCUGGUUCUGAUAGAGGAUCGAACGAUCAAACAUCAACUCAUCCUUCUCCCCAUGACGUCACUGAUGACCCUGGAAGCAGUGACGUCACUGAUAUUCUUGGAAGUGUGAAUCUCACUGAAGGAAUGCAUUUCGUUACAUCUGAGAAUAUAAGACGGUUGAUUCACCAAUCCAAGUUCGCGGACGCGCUCAUUACUUCACAAGAUAUUUCAACUUCUCAAGAACAACAAUUUAUGAUGUCAGAAUGCUACUGUCAACUUGGAAGACCGGAUAAAGCAUUGAGGUGCAUUGAAGCGUUACAAAGAAUAAUGACAUCAUCACCAAAACCUAGUGUUGAUGACGUAAUCAAAUUAGUUGAUAAUUAUAUUUCUGAUUUGUCUCAUAUUCGUGCAUUGAUUUUACUCUCUUGUUGUGCUAAGUUGUAUAAGUACAAUUCGAACCCGAAUAAUUCGGUUGGUGGGAUUUGUGAUUGCUCAUUAAAGUGUUGCAACGUGAUCAAAGCUAUGGUCAAUAAAGGCGAUAAAAUGAAAGUGAUUGCGAGAGAUGUUGGUUUAAAAAUAAUCACUGAUAUGUUGAGAGAGUUGAGAUCAGUAUCAGGAGCUGAUAAGAAUAAGAAGGCGGAUAUGGAGGCAGCGUGCUUGAAAAAUAUUGGUUAUUGUUACGAUGAAGUUGGUAAGUAUAAGGAAGCAAUAGGGUUUUAUAAUAAAGGUUUGGAUUUGAUGAAUCGAACGUUUGGUUCGAACGCUGCAAAAUAUAGAAUGUUUGGAGAGCUAUUACACAACAUUGGUUAUGCGCAUUAUAAUCUCAGUGAUUAUUCCGGGGCUGAAUCGUUCUAUUUGCAAUCUCUGAAUGCGCAUGAAAAGGUUGCGGAUUGGCCUAGUGAUAAGGAGAAACAGAAAAUGACAGAAGGUACAAAGAACAACUUGAAAAUUACUCGAUACAAAAUGAGGAAUGAUAAAUAAAAACCACAAGUCUCCGUUCAUUCAUAAAAAUAUUGCAUUCCUUGUGAUCGUAUUUUAACAAUAUGUAGAUUGUAUAAAUAACUGUUGAUUUUGAGAGCUGUAUGGAUUUUUUGUGCAUUGUAGCCAAUCGCCCGAUUAAUUUUAUAUCACGUGAUUGCUUCCGUUGUAUUGUGUAUUGGUUAUAUAUCUGCUAUUUCUAAUAUAACAUGAAUUUUAUAUAUUCACAGCAAUAUUGAGUUCAUUUUGAGCCCUGAUGAUAGUAAUCGCUCCAUUGACCCCAGCUUUGCAAAAUUCACAGUCAAGUUCUCAAAAUUAUUCAGUCAAAUGACAAGUUUUGUUCGUCUCCCCUUUAUCAAAUUCUCUUGAAAAAUAUUUGAUUUAUGUACUUUUAAAAAACGCAUCAAAUUACCGACUUUUCAUAGUUAAUUCUCAUAUUAUUUCCAUCGACUCAUUCAAAGCAUGAAAUCUGCCAUUUGACAGGCAAAGUCUUGGUUUCAAACCUUCUUACAAAUUAUACUGAAUGUAUUAAUCGCUCCAUUUGAUAUCGAUGUCCAAGUACAAGCUUGCAUGUCAUUGCUCCUAAUCUACCUGACAAAUGACUGACAUCCCAUGUCCGACAAUUUUUAUUGAUAUUGAUUGUAUUGUAAUAAAAUGCAUCAAAUUUAAUGUUAUUUCAAGGUAAUUCGAGCCAGUUACUGUAAUUUUACUUUAAUUCGAGAGAAUAACUAUAAUUGUAUAGCAAUGCAAUUUACUUACUGGUAUUGUAUAAUUAUUCAAGUCAUACUGUUAUUUUACUCUAAUUCAUUGAGCGUUUUGAUGAUUUUUGUAGUGAUAGAUGUAGUCAUUGAAUGAAUAUAAUC